CGGUUAGCCUCGGCAGCUGGUUAGCCGCAUAGCAACUCAGCAUCAUAGCGAUCAUUGGCUAUUCUUCUUUUCUCUUCUCUUCUCCUUCACCUUUCUCCUCCAUACCCUCGAUUCCUAUUCCACAUCCCUAGGGCUCUAACAGAUCCGAGAUUCUCACCAUGGCUGCUUCCCUGUCCCGCGCUCUGCGACCUCUGUGUCGUGCGGCUCCGUCCCGCCUGGUGGUCUCUACGACGAAACCCGUGUCGGCGCAGACUCUUCGGUCCGCUCGUGCCUUUUCUACCACCCCUCGCCGACGAGACGUCGAUCUAACCGACGUCGAGCCCACUCCGAUCACGCACCUCACUGAAACUGAGAGCAUGAUGGCCGAUACGGUCUCCAAAUUCGCGCAGGAGCAAAUCGGACCAAAGGUCCGGGACAUGGAUGAGGCCGAGACUAUGGACGGUACGGUGGUUGAACAACUGUUCGAGCAGGGAUUGAUGGGCAUCGAGAUUCCCGAAGAAUACGGCGGGUCAGGCAUGAACUUUACUUCUGCGAUCAUCGCGAUUGAGGAAUUGGCGCGAGUGGACCCGAGUGUGAGCGUCAUGGUCGACGUGCACAACACACUGGUCAACACGGCGGUGCUGAAAUAUGGCAAUGCGGAAUCUCACCGGCAAUGGCUGCCCAAGUUGGCCUCGGACACAGUCGGUGCUUUCUGUCUGUCGGAACCAGCGUCGGGCUCGGAUGCGUUUGCGCUGCAGACGAAAGCCGAGAAGACUGCGGAUGGGUACAAGAUUAACGGAUCGAAGAUGUGGAUUACGAACUCGAUGGAGGCUGGGUUUUUCAUUGUGUUUGCCAAUCUGGACCCCAGCAAGGGAUAUAAGGGAAUCACUGCGUUCAUUGUUGAGAAGGAUAGGCCCGGGUUCAGCAUUGCGAAGAAGGAAAAGAAGCUUGGUAUCCGGGCGAGCAGCACCUGCGUGCUCAACUUUGAUGACGUGGAGAUCCCCAAGGCGAACCUCUUGGGAGAGGAAGGAAAGGGGUACAAGAUUGCCAUUGGCAUUUUGAACGAAGGACGGAUCGGUAUUGCUGCUCAGAUGACGGGUCUGGCUCUGGGAGCAUGGGAGAAUGCUGCAGGUUAUGUCUGGAAUGACCGCAAACAAUUCGGCCAACUUAUUGGAACCUUCCAAGGCAUGCAACACCAAAUCGCGCAAUCAUACACGGAAAUUUGCGCGGCGCGUGCACUAGUCUACAACGCCGCUCGCAAGAAGGAAGCCGGGCAGGACUUUGUCAUGGACGCAGCCAUGGCCAAACUCUAUGCUUCGCAGGUUGCCGGACGAGUUGCAGGGUCUGCCGUAGAAUGGAUGGGAGGAAUGGGAUUUGUGCGCGAGGGCAUUGCUGAGAAGAUGUUCCGUGACAGCAAGAUCGGCGCCAUCUACGAGGGGACCAGUAACAUACAAUUGCAGACGAUUGCGAAGCAGUUGCAGGGACAGUACACUAAAUAGGUUAUGCCUUUAUUUCAUUAUUUUUAUUCUGCUUUGUCCAUGACAUGAACGAAUCUAUAUUAUGUUCGGGGUUUCAUAUCUAUAGAGUAAAUAACAUUCAUCAAAUUCAUCAUAUAUACAUGUGUAUUCCAUUCCAAAUACCAUUUUUAGCUCCACAGACCGUUGUAACAGUCUCGACACAUUAUUAAAAGGUGUUG